GGGUGUGAAGCUCCUUUGUUCCUCAGAGGCGGGGUCCGCCCCUCGGCGGCUGCACUUCCUCGGGCUGUGCGGGCCAGCGCGGCCGGAACCUCCGCUGCGCGCUUGGUUCUCUGUCUUUAUUUUCAGGAAUUGGCGAGUUCAGAUAAUAUUUGAUGAUGAGUGAUCCGUGUCCUCAAGAAUGCAAGUAACACUGUAGAGAGAGGAAAGAUCACCAGUGGCCACUUAUGCGUAUAAACUGCCAGGACGUGUCCUUCAAGUUCUGGAAGAGAGUGCUCCAGUGCAUUUCACCAUCAUCUUCACAGGAUGGAAGCUAUCAGUUUGUCCUAUGGUUUAUUUUCUAGGAACCCAAGCUACUUUCAUAAUGAAAAAACAGAGAUGGAAAAGACGGUGUCUGACUGCUGGACAAGUAGUUACCAGGAGUCAGUGACCUUUGAGGAUGUGGCUGUAGACUUCACCCAGGAGGAAUGGAUUUUAUUGGACACAAAACAACGGAACCUUUACAGAGAGGUGAUGCUGGAGAACUACCAGAACCUGGCUACAUUAGGAUGUCAGCUCAUCAAAUCUAGAUACAGCUUUUGCUUGGAGGCUGAAGAGUUGAGAGUAGUCAAGAAAAGAGUUCACCAAGACUGGGCUAUACAACUUAACCCCAGAGGGACAAUGUUUCAGCGGGAUAUUUUUCAGUUAAAAAUGUCAAAUGAGAUACAACUGCCAAAUAGCCACAAUGGAAAGGAGCUCUGUGACAUUAAGCCACCUGGAGAAAUCAUCAAAGAGCCUCCAUGCAGUCUGACAUACAUAGGUAUUGAAAACACAGGGAACAUUUAUGAUUGUGUUCAGUAUGGACAGCUCUUUCCUGUUUGUCCUAAGGAGACUUCCUCUGCAGACACUGGUCCUGGAUUACGCCAGUAUGGAAAAGACUUCAGUAUGAUUGCAAGUACAGCUUACCAGACAACAUGUGUACAAAGCAAAUUCAUUGAAUCCAGUGAAUUUCAGCAAGUCUUUGAUAGUCAGUCAUCCCUUCAGAGGCCUGGGGGAAGUCACAGUGAAGACAAACUCUCUGAGUCGGUGCAGUGUGGUGAUACUUUUAGUCCAGCCUUGAGUCAUGCUGAGAGUGCUCAAACAUGCACUGGAAAAAAAUCCUAUGAAUGUAAGGAAUGUGGGAAGAGUUUUAAAUAUUCUGCCAACCUUAAUAUUCAUAUGCGUACUCACACUGGCGAGAAACCUUACCAAUGUAAGGAAUGUGGGAAAGCCUUUUCUAGGUGUUAUCCACUAACUCAGCACUUAAAAACUCACACUGAAGAGAAGCCCUUUGAAUGUAAGGUUUGUGGGAAAUGCUUUAGAAAUUCCUCAUGUCUUAAUGACCACUUUCGGGUUCACACUGGAAUAAAACCCUAUAAAUGUAAGGACUGUGGCAAAGCCUUUACCGGGCGAUCUGGCCUUAGUAAACAUUUACCAACACAUACUGGAGAGAAGCCUUACGAAUGUAAGGAGUGUGGGAAAGCCUUUCCUUCAACCUCAGGCCUUAUUAAACAUAUGAAAAGUCACAUGGGAGAGAGACCCUUUGAAUGUGAUCACUGUGGAAAGGCCUUUGCUUCUUCCUCAACCCUUAUUACACAUUUGAGAACACACACUGGAGAGAAGCCCUUCGAGUGUCAAGUCUGUGGGAAGGCAUUCACAUGUUCUUCUUAUCUUCGAAUUCACAUGCGGACUCACACUGGAGAGAAGCCCUAUGUAUGUAAGGAGUGUGGCAGAGCCUUCACUGAGCGCACAAGCCUUACUAAACAUUUACGAACACAUACUGGAGAAAAUCCCUUUGAGUGCAAUAUGUGUGGAAAAGCGUUUGCAUGUUCCUCCUACCUUCAUAAUCACAUACGGACUCACACUGGAGAGAAACCUUAUGUAUGUAAGGAAUGUGGGAAAGCCUUCACUGUUUCUUCACAUCUAAGUAAGCAUGUAAGAAUUCACACAGGAGAGAAACCCCAUAAGUGUGAGGAGUGUGGGAAAGCAUUCACUGUGCGCUCUGGCCUUACAAAACAUAUACGAACUCACACUGGGGAGAAGCCCUACAAUUGUAAAGAAUGUGGGAAAGCGUUCACUACAUCCUCAGGCCUCCUUGAGCAUAAAAGAAGUCACACAGGAGAGAAGCCAUAUGAAUGUGACCAGUGUGGAAAGGCCUUUGCUUCUUCCUCCUAUCUUAUUGCACAUUUGAGAAUUCACACUGGAGAGAAGCCCUUUGAGUGUAAUGAGUGUGGGAAAGCUUUUACUUGUUCCUCCUACCUUCAUAUUCAUAUGCGGACUCACACUGGAGAGAAGCCCUAUGACUGUAAGGAGUGUGGGAAAACAUUUGCUGUUUACUCUCAUCUAAGUAAACAUGUAAGGAUUCACAGUGGAGAGAAAGCCUACACUUGUAAAAGUGAUGGAAUAGCCUUCAGUCGUUCUCAUCGUACAGAACACUUGAAAAGUCUUGAGAUAAAUUCUUUUGUUGGAGGGAAUGAAGAAACUGCUUUAGAAAGUUCUAUUGCUUUAACGGUGCAUCCAAAUUCACAAUGGCAAGAAAGCUUAUCAGUGUAAGCCAUUUGUAAAGUGAUUGUUUAUAUCCUAGUUGUUGGUUUUCUGUCUAAACUACACCCCCACAGUUCCUGGCAGCAGCCAGGUAUGCUCCUCCCCACAGUUACCUGGCAACAACCAUGUAGGCUUGGCCCAGUAUAAAAGGAGCUGCUUGGUCCCUCCUCUCUCUCUUGCCCCUUGUGCCCCCUCCCAUUCCCUCCCCCCCCUCCAUGUGGCCAUAGCUGGACUCGACAUCUCUACUCACUCCUUCUCUCUGCCUCUCUCUGCCUCUGCUACCGUCUUAACUCCCCUCCUCAUGCCCUGAAUAAACUCUAUUCUAUACUAUACUGGCGUAUGUCUGGUCCCUCAGGGUGAAGGGAUACUUCUGCAUGGUCCUCCUGUGUCACCCCUUUCCCUCACACCCCACCAGAACAUACUCCUAUAGCUCUUUCUCUUUUUAUAAUCACAACACUAGUUGACUUCAAAGACAUAAAAGAAAUCAUGUUGCAAAGUUGCCUCAUGAGGAUUAAAGAACGGAGGAAGUGAUCAGAAUGCUCAAAACCCAGCUCACACAAACUCACUUUGAAGCUUCACAAAGUCACAAACAUGGACAGUCUUUGCUGUUUCUAAGGCUUUUUAUAAGUAUGUGAGAGAAAUUCUGUUGACAGACAAUGUGGAAAAUUGUAUUUUGCUCAGUUCUUUGAUGAUUACCCACAGUACAACAGUGGAGGACUUUGUGAACGUAAGAAAUGUUGGAAAGUAAUUAUUUGCAUUAGUCAUCAACAUUCAAUAAAGUGAUUCACAUUUGGAAAACUUCAUGUAUAGAAUAUUGGGGAUUGUUUGUAUGUCUUAAGAUUUUAUAUACUAGUAGAAAUGGCUUUCUUGGUGGUUUUAUAAGCUUAUUUUGGCUGUUUUUUUGCAUUUUCAAUUUUUGAGAUUUUUAAUAUUUGCACAUAGUUUUAAGAUGUACAAGCUUCUAUAGAAUAUACUAUGAAACAAUUAUUAGGCUAAUUAAAAUGUGAUACAGUAAUUUGGUUUUGGUAUUAUGAAGCACUUUUUACUAUCAGAAAUUUCAGGUAAUUCACACAAUUAACUGUAUUCACUAAUUGUACUUUUAAGUUGUUCAUUUUAUAAUUGAAAGUUUGUAACCUUUAUCAGUAACUCAUAAACAUUAACUUGUUAAAGACAGGCUCUCACUGUUUAGCUCUGGAACUCACUGUGUAAACUAGCUUGGCUUUGAACUCACAGAGGUCCUCUGCCUCCCAAGUGCUGGGAUUAAAUGCAUACACUGCCAUGCCCAACUAUACUUCAUAUUUAAAUAAGAUAAUACAUUGUUUUUAGUUUUUAUGUGUCUGACUUAUUUUCACCUAACAAAAUGUCUUCUAGUUUCAUCACUGCUGUCUUGGAUGACAGACAGACUUUUCUUUAAAAAACAAAAGGGGGUAGACAUUUUUUUAUGCACAGACUCAAAAUAUUUGUAUGUAUGUGUAUAUGUAUUGUGUGUUUGCAUGCGUCUCUGUGUGUAUGAAUGUGGCCUCUACAGCUAAGAGACUUGGGUUUUAUCCUAGCUUUCCACUUGUAGACAGAGUCAAUUUAUUAUCUUUCCAGCCCCUAUGAAAGUUUCUUUACACAAAAGAACACUUAGAUUGUUUACAUACUUUAUUGUUGGUACUGUUACAUUGAAUAUAUAUUACAGGUAUCUCUUUAAGCAUUCCUUAAGUGUAUGGUCAUAAUCAGUUUGUUGGAGUAUUUAGUUGGUGUAGUUAUAGUUUUAUGAGGAGUUUUGAUGCUGCUUUCCAGAUAACUCUACCAAUGUUUCUUUCAUUCAAAACAGAAAUAUAUGCAAACAGUUUUGUCUUUCUUGUUUACAUGUCAUUCCUUUUUCUUAUUUAAUUGUCUCAAACUUGCAAUAUUAUGAUGAAUAUAAGUUCCAAGCAGGGUUAUUGUUGUACUUGAUCUUAAAGGAAUAGCUCUGGACUUGCACUGAGAAUGAUGACAGCUACUGGCUUGUCAUAUGUAUACAGUCACUAGCAAAUUAAGGUGCAAUCAUUUCUGUAUCCAACUUGAGAGUAUCAUGAAAGGAUGUUAACCUUUUAAGUGCCUUUUAUAUUUGUAACAUUUUCUUUUUUCUUUUUUACAACUCAUUACCUUUUGUUUUUUAUUAAACUAAUAAAAUUUAUUUUAACAU